UCUAGACUCUCUCUCUGGUUUACCAGUGUCCUUUUUACAGAGAAUGCAUGUCGUUUAAAGCCAUCUGCUCUCCUCCUAAUUAUUGCAUCUCCCCGUUUCUCCAGGCCUUUUUGCCUUCUCCCAAAACCCUAAUUUAUAGCUUAUUAGGGUUUUUUCUUGUUUCAUUGGCAUUUUUGCAUAGUGUUUUCAUUUCUCAGAGCAAUCUCCAUGGGGAACUGCUGGAGUUGGAAUUGGAGUGCUAGGGUUAAAGCAGAGAGCCCUUUACACAGUGUCCCUGCUUCAGGGUUAGAUUCAAGGUCUAGUAGCAAAGAUGGGGUAGAUCCAAAUUCACCACCAUCAGGCAGUGUGCCUCCAACUCCAAAGAGUGAGGGUGAGAUAUUGCAAUCAUCAAACGUUAAGAGCUUUAGCUUUGCAGAGCUCAAGGCAGCUACAAGGAACUUUAGACCCGACAGUGUGUUGGGCGAAGGUGGCUUUGGUUCAGUGUUUAAGGGUUGGAUUGAUGAACACACAUUUGCUCCAACCAAGCCUGGGACUGGUAUCGUAAUUGCCGUGAAGCGACACAAUCAGGAUGGUUAUCAGGGUCAUAGAGAGUGGCUGGCGGAGGUGAACUAUUUGGGGCAGCUUUCUCAUCCCAACCUUGUGAAGCUUAUUGGAUUCUGUCUGGAGGAUGAGCAUCGGCUACUGGUUUAUGAGUGCAUGGCUCGAGGAAGCUUGGAAAACCAUUUAUUUAGAAGAGGUUCUUAUUUCCAACCACUCUCUUGGAUGCUUAGGAUGAAGGUCGCUUUUGGAGCCGCAAAGGGGCUUGCAUAUUUACACUGUGCUGAAACAAGGAUUAUAUAUCGUGAUUUCAAAGCAUCUAAUGUGCUUCUUGAUUCGAACUAUAAUGCAAAGAUUUCUGACUUUGGAUUGGCUAAGGAUGGCCCAACUGGUGAAAACACACACGUAUCGACCCGAGUGAUGGGGACCUACGGUUAUGCUGCUCCAGAGUAUCUUGCCACAGGGCAUUUGACAACCAGAAGUGAUGUGUAUAGUUUUGGAGUAGUCCUGCUCGAGAUGCUAUCAGGCCGAAGAGCACUCGACAAGAACCGCCCUACUGGUGAGCACAACCUAGUCGAAUGGGCAAAACCCUACCUAUCCAACAAACGCAAACUCUUCCGAGUCAUGGAUAGUCGAAUAGAGGGUCAGUAUUCAUUAAAAAUAGCCCAAAAAGCUGCUGCUCUUGCUCUACAAUGCCUCUCCAGUGAACCCAAGUACAGGCCUUCUAUGAAAGAGGUUGUCGAGGUGCUUGAACAACUUCAAGAAUCAAAGGAUGCACCAAGAACCUUUCAACCCGAGCCCCAAAGUAUGCCUACAAGGAAUGGGUCAAGUAGACCUAAUGGCACUGUUUCUUAUCCUAGGCCUUCGGCUUCGCCCCUUUACUCGUAAUGAGAGGAACAAGGAACUAUCCAAGGGAAAGAAUGAAGAAGUUUCUCUCUUUGUGAUGAGGCGGCUUGAGAUGCUGAGCUCUUCGCUAGGAGCUUGAGUCUGCACAUACUGGCGGUUGCUGUAUAGUCUGUAUUUUUUUUGUCUGAUAAAAUUUGAUUUAAUUUUAUUUUUAUGUUUGGAUCAUGGGUUUGAAUUGCCCUUUUCCACGGGAUGAUUGCUAACCCAAGGUUGAAAGGUGAAGGUAUUUCCUUGUCUGAUGUUGCCUCCUUUUAGUGUAAGUUUUUAUUCACCUCUGUAAAACUUACCGAGAGGAAGAUGAUUCCUCUGCAUGUCUUUUUAUUUGCAGGUGUUUGUAAGCUUUUUGUUGUGUAGUUUUCUACUUCUUUUAGAGGGAAAUAGAGUUGAAGCCUGGUUUUUUCUUUUU